ACACACACACACACAGACACUCUCUCUCCUCGUCUUCCACUCGGUGGCUCCAAGUUGUCUCCUUCCCUGUCUCUCUCUGCCCUUCUUUUAGUACUCGUCAUCGUCGUCGCCUUCCUCCUCCUCCUGGAGGUCCUCCCUCUGUAGGCUACCAAGUUUCAUACGCAUGUGUAAAUACACGUUAAUAGCAGAGUUCUAACGGGGCGAUCAUCUGGUUUUCAGAAUGCAGACCAGAACCGUGCAAGUAGGAAACGUUUCAGAUCUAGCCAGUGAAAGAGAGAUCCAUGAAUUUUUCUCUUUUUCUGGUGAAAUAGAACACAUUGAGAUCUUCCGUGGUGCAGGGCAAUCAAAGACUGCAUUCGUCACGUUUAAGGAUCCGAAAGCCCUCGAAAUUGCCUUGCUACUAUCGGGAGCAACUAUUGUGGACCAAAUUGUUACUAUAACUGCGGCAGAUAACUAUGUUCCAAAAGCUGACAUUGAGGAAGCAAAUAUGGAGGACCAUGACUCGGGCUUGGCUUCUGAAAAUGUAUCAACAAGUACAGAGGUAAAAUCUGGUUCUCCUCGUAAUGGAAGAAUAUAUGUUAGUAAAGCCCAAGAUGUUGUUUCCAGUGUGCUAGCCAAAGGUUCAGCAAUCAGACAAGAUGCCAUGAACAAGGCUAGAGCAUUUGAUGAGAAGCACCAGUUGAGAGCCAAUGCAUCUGCCAAAGUCAUUUCUUUUGACAGGAGAGUCGGGCUUACAGAGAAAUUAACAGUUGGGAUUUCAGUUGUUAACGAGAAAAUGAAGUCUGUGGAUCAAAAGCUUCAGGUGUCUGAUAAAACAGCGGCAGCACUGAUGGCAGCAGAGAGAAAAAUUAAUGACACGGGAUCAGCUGUCAAAUCAAGCAGGUAUGUGAGUGCAGGAACAGCUUGGCUGAAUGGUGCUUUCAGCAAAGUGGCAAAGGCUGGGCAAGUUGCUGGUACAAAAACUAGAGAGAAAUGGAAUUUGGCCGUAUCAAAUUUGACUGCAAAGGAUCCUGCAAUUGCUGUAUAAACGAAGAAAUAGUUUUGCAAGAUAAAGGAGUCCUUUUUGUCAUCUUGCAUGGGUGAUAUAUUCAUUCAUGUGUGACUUCAAAUUGAAUUGAAGUGUGAAAAUUGUAAUUUUGGAGUUGUAGACUUGGUGUGAAGUGGACAAACAGUGGAAUACCCACCCAUGUGUGGUUCAGCCGCCUUGUGCAGCAGCAGGUCUUUGAUGGUUAGCUGCGAUUCAAUUUAUUAGUUGAUUUUAUUAUGGUGUGAA